AUGAGUGAUCUUAAAGUUUCCGAAGCUUCCAAAGCUGCCGCCAAGGCAUUGCGCCAGUCCAACAAUGAGUGGAGUAAUAAGUAUUUUGCCAUCGCUAUCGGCAUGAUGAUGGCCGUUUACGCUAUAUACCACUGGUCAAGUGUAAUCUUUUUUCACUAUGGUCCCAAAAAGAGCCAUCCUACAUUGAAUCGGAUAUAUAGACAAGCUCGACGCUUUCUUUCUAGCUCAUGGGUAGGGUUGAGGACGGAUCGCUGUCUCUUGUAUAUCGUUUACUGGGCCAUCAAUUUGAUUCUCGCUGUAACCAAUGUCGACCUUACAAAAGUUACCAAUGUCGCCAAACGAUUUGGCUGGAUCUCGGUCGCAAACCUGGUGCUUUUGGUCUUCUUAGCCUUAAAGAAUACGCCCCUCGCUCCUUUGACAGCCACAUCCUAUGAAAAGCUUCGCCCGCUACACAAGGUCGCCGGUUACACCUGCAUUUUCGCAAGCCUCUUGCAUGGUAUUGUGUACCUGGCUGCCUGGUCGGAGACUGGGAACCUGAUCGAAAUGGAAGAACCAAAAAACUUUUCGGGUGCAAUUGCUGGGUUUGCUAUGUCAGUUAUUGGGCUUUCAACUAUCACAUACUUCAUGCGGAGGAAUUAUGAACUAUUCUAUAUGCUGCAUAUAAUCAUGUUCGUUUUGAUUAUGAUCACAGUCGGAAUGCACCGUCCGAAAUUUUCAAGCUCAACGCUGAUUAUCGUGGUUUUCACGGCCUGUCUUUGGGCUGCGGACCGUAUUAUCCGCGGGGCAAAGAUUUUUUGGAACUUUUUUGGAAAUUCUCUCACUAUCACUGCGUUUCCCGACGAUGCUAUCCGGGUGAAGCUACAUCGUCGCAUACGCUGCAAUCCAGGUUCCCAUGCAUUUUUGUGGGUUCCCUCCAUCCGUUGGACUGAAAGCCAUCCAUUCACGUUAUUGUCUUCGGACUCGCCUGAGUUCGUUAUCAAAGUAUAUGAUGGCUUUACAAGGAGUUUAUAUAAAGCUGCCCAAGAGUCUCCGGGGAAAUCUCUACGCUGUUCCGUGGACGGUGCAUAUGGUCAAGUCCCCAACUUUAAAGUUUUUGACAAAGUCGUUCUGGUCGCCGGUGGCAGUGGUGCUAGUUUCACGUUUGCUAUUGCAUUAGACUUGAUCGAGACCUCUAACAAGGCAGUGAGGUCGAUUGACUUUAUCUGGGUAGUGAGACACCAAGAUAACCUGGAAUGGUUUGCCCCAGAGCUGGAAAAACUUCAGUUGCAUCCUGAAGUGAAUUUUUUUAUUCACGUCACCCGUCAGGUAGACUUGUCUGACAUACGCUUACCCAAUUCCCCAGGCGUUUCAUCCGAAAAAGGGUCAAUAAAAGACGAUGUCACCCCUACACAAUCUUCUCCAGACUUUUCAACCCAUGACCUCGAGAAAGGAGCUGUGCAACAAUCCACAGCCAAUGAUUCUCCUUUGGUCAAUGAGAUAUUGCCUGGGCGCCCGCAUAUUGGGAAUUUGAUUGCCGCCGCUGCUGGUAAAAGUGAUAACUCAGACGACCGCAUCAUCGUUGGGGCUUGUGGUCCUAGCCAGCUUCUGGAUGCAACACGGGAGGCCAUCAACAGUGACUUGUGCAAUGACGGCUUACCGAUCACAUUCUACACCGAGGAAUUUGCAUGGUAG